CGGUCUGCCAUCUUUGAUUGUGAGACAGGCCGCGGCGCGAGCGGGGCCUCACUCAACUACAAAAACGGUCUGGUACGAGAUAACGGGUGGGGAGACAUAUUGAACCACGGGAAGACUGCGAACCGGUUCCCGCUGUAACGGCCGAGCAGACGAGAAGAGACCGGUGGCGUGAAACUGCGGAGAAGACAGAAAGUGCAGGACCGCGCAUGUGGAGAGCGGUUUGUUGGCAGCCAGCGAGCGGAGUAGCUAACCAUCGUUAGCCGAACUGGGUUAGCAGGCUAGCCAGCUUUUGUAAUCCGCCGGCCAGACACUCACUGGUCCACUACAAACCAGGCCGAAACCGGAUUUCAAGUAAAGCCGUACAGCACCCGAAAGGAUAAAGGAGGCACCGGCGGUGGCAGGAGGCUGGUUCUGGGGGCGAGGCCAAAGGACCAGACUCAAUGAGUUUCCAGCGAAAUGUCCGAGAAGUCAGGGCAGAGCACCAAGGCAAAGGAUGGCAAAACAAAGUAUGCAACCCUUAGCCUCUUCAACACCUACAAAGGCAAAUCUCUGGAAACCCAGAAAACUGCAGUGGCUGCCAGACAUGGGCUCCAGAGUUUGGGCAAAGUUGCUGUCAGCCGGCGCAUGCCCCCUCCGGCCAACCUCCCCAGCCUGAAAGCAGAGAACAAGGGAAACGAUCCCAACGUCAACAUUGUCCCCAAAGACGGCAGUGGAUGGGCAUCUCGAACUGAAGCCGGGGAGGAGAGGCAACAGGAGACACCACCACCUCAAAACAAACCAGCAGUGGUCCAGCCACAGGACCCUUCUGUUGGGGGCAGUCGUUCCUGGGCAAACAGCAAGCAGACACAGCUAGACGGUUCUCCCCGUGUGAGCAGCCAUUUUCACCAGGAGUUUCCCAGCUUGCAGGCGGCUGGUGAGGUCAAGGACGGUCAAGAAGAGGAGCCUUAUGGACCAGGCCCAAGCCUUAGACCUCAAAAUGUUGGCAGUUGGCGUGAGGGUGGCGGCAGGAAUUUGAACACUGCACCUAGCCCCCCGGAGAUGGAGAACAGGGCUUUGGAGGAGGGUAGCACGGCCCCUGGUACCUCUACGCCACCUGUCGAAGCUGAUGAACCUGGCCGAAACACAACCACUGAUGGCCAAAGGGAGAAGAAGGAUCCCAGGGAGAGGUUACCUCCCUCUGGCCCCCCUCAACCUAAAGUUAAUGGAGGCCAACAGCCUCCUGCUGGCGUACCAACUCACUUUGACCCUGCUUUCAGGAGCAUGAUGCCACCUUAUAUGUUCCACGCCUAUCCGCAAAUGUCCUUUGGUGCAGGGCAGGGGAACUUCAGAUACCCUGUACCACAAGAUGGGGCAAAGGCUCCUCGUUCAGCACGACCUCAGCAGCCACCCCCACAAUCCUGGCUUCAAGACCCAGACAGACCCUCUAUUAUCAGUGCAACUGAACUGAAGGAACUCGACAACUUGGACACUGAUGCUGAUGAGGGCUGGGCAGGAGCUCAGAUGGAGGUGGACUACACUGAGAAACUUAACUUCAGUGAUGAUGAGGAGAACCAAGCUGCUAAAGACAAGGGAGAAAACUGGGAAUGGCUGGGUAAAGUGGAUCGUAUGAGAGCUCGGCCAACGGACGGUCAGGAGGGCUGGAAGGAGGGAUCUGAGGACCGUGGAGGAAGUAAAGCUUCAUGGGCUGAGAGUGUUGAUCCCAGAGCCCCAUCACCUGGGAGUAUGGGGCAAUAUAAUAAAUCAGCUGCUACACAGGACUUCCAGGCUGGCAGUCGCUCUGGUGGUGGUGGAGCUCAGCGUGGGGGCAAAGCACAGGCUGCAGGGGCACCUGGUGCUGAGGAGGAUUCUGAAGCCUGGCGGCAAAAACGGAAAAAGUCUUCUGAAAUUUCUGAAGCUGUAGAGCGAGCAAGACGGAGGAGAGAGGAAGAGGAACGCCGGAUGGAGGAGCAACGACUUGCUGCUUGUGCUGAAAAACUUAAACGUUUAAAUGAAAAACACCGCCAGGCUAAUGAGGGCAAGCCUUCCCCUGCUCAGACCACCAAUGAUGAGGCAGGAGCUCCCCGUGAGGAAGCAUCUUUAUCAACUCCUCCUGUUUCUAGUCCUGCACCUUCAGUCCCAAUUUCACAAUCACAAGCCACAGUCAUGCAGACUUCCUUACCUGAGAGAGGGGAGCGAGAUGGAGCAGAACCAAAUGCUGAGGAAGAGGUUCACCUGCCUCGUCAGCCCACCCCGCCUGUCCAGAGACCUGUAGCCUUAGCUCCAGAGCAGCCACAGGGCGAGGGAGAGACCUCCUUGGCUGAGGUUGGUCCCAUAAUGGACGAGAACCAAACUGAUAGGACCUCAGUGCCAAUCCGAGACUAUUUUAACAUGGAGGACAACAGAGUGGAUGAGCCCCACAUGUCUUUGCCCCACAAGGAAACCCCUGCUGGUGAUGAAGUCCCUAUUGCACAAUCACCGCUGGAAGGGGAGGCAGCAGCUGCUAUGCGUCCUUCUGUCAUCUCAGGCUAUUCCAAACAGUUUCAGAAGUCUUUACCACCUCGAUUCCUCAGACAGCAGGAACAGAUGAAGCAGCAGCAAUGGCAACAACAACAGCAGCAACAGCAGAGUGGGGGCUCUGUGUCUCCCUCAAGUGGUGGCAGCGUUCCAGCUGCCCAGCAGCAGCAGCAGCAACAGCAACAACAGCACCGCUCCAUGUACCAACCCAUAGGCCCUCACCACCAACACUUGGCCUCCAUGGGAUUUGAUCCCCGUUGGCUUAUGAUGCAGUCCUACAUGGACCCUCGGAUGAUGUCAGGCCGGCCACCUAUGGACAUGCCAACUAACAUUCACCCUGGGAGGAUGCCACCUAAGCAGAUUGUACGCAGGGAGCCAGGGGACAACUCAAGCUCUAGCUCGGAUUCAUUUGACCACUUAACCCGACCAGUUCGUGACCACGGCCUGGCCUCAGACUCACGGAUGGUCUGGGGAUCAGACCCAUACCCACAGUCAGAGCCAUUACCUUCUGUAACUCCUCCAAAAGGAAGGGAUGAUAACAAGGAGCAAAGGAUGGAUUCUGGUUUGGAUCUGGACAGGGGUCUUCCAGCUAUCUAUCCCCAAGAUCACGGUUCAUUGGACUCUCGUAAAAGUAACUUCUUCCGGGACCCUUCAGAGUCUCUAUCAGCAUUUACGCAGGGCCCGGAAGACUUGCCAGGACCUCUUGACAGAGUCCCUGUAGGCACAGGUUUUGACCCAGAGGAGCCAGGCUUACCAAGUGGGGAGGAGGUAGAAGCUCUUGGCCAAGCCAUGCUCCAGAGAAAUGUCUCACAGGGCUCCAGCCACUCUCUUAAGCUUGAAGAGCCUAGGUUUGACGGGCUACCCCUGGGAACAAAAUCACUAGAGAUACAGGAAGCAGGGGAACGAACUGAUGAUAAGCCCCAGAAUGAGCUCUACUCUCAGGCUGCUGUAACAAAUAACAGAGCUACCCCUCCUGCUGAUGGAUUACACAAACAAGAGAAGUUGCCUCUGCCAGCACCCAGCAAGCAGAAGGCUGAGCUGCGGUGGGGUGGAAGAUCAGGAGCUGGACGCAGAGAAGGACCAGGAGGAGACAGACCUGCACGUAGAUCUGGGCCAAUAAAGAAACCUGUCUUAAGGGACAUGAAAGAAGAGAGGGAGCAAAGAGAAGAAAGAGAGAAGCGUCAUGAGAGAGGGGAAAGAGGGGAUAGGCCCAAAAAGGAACAGUCUUCCAAAGCUCCAUCUGCAGCUGCUGUUGUAUCAGAAGACUCCAGGCCUCACGGUGAGGGAAAGAGAGAAACUGCAGAGGCGGAGGAAACUCCAACUGCCCAUCAGAGGGCCAGAGACUCUCAGCCUUCUUCUGGGGCUCCCACCUCUUCUUCUCAGGAGGAGAAGGUGGAAAAGGCAUCCAGCAAUGAGAAACAUUCAGAACCCAAACUGCCCUCUCGGAAAGAGUCCAACCUCCCUCCACGUUCCUACCGGCGAGAGGAAAGAGAGAGGGGGCGAGAGGAAAGAGAGAGGGGGCGAGAGGAAAGAGAGAGGGGGCGAGAGGAAAGAGAGAGGGGGCGAGAGGAAAGAGAGAGGGAACGAGAGCGGGAGAAGGAAAUGGAUAAGGACAGAGAGCGAGAAUGGCCGGCAGACUCAAAUUUCAAAGGUCGUGGUCGAGGGGAGUAUUAUUCCAGAGGACGAAGCUACCGUGGGACUUACAGUGGUAGAGGCAGGGGGAGUCGGGGUAGAAGCCGGGCAGAAUACCCCUAUCGAGAGCCCCGAUCACGCUCAGAUUUACCAUCUGCUGCAGGUGCUGCUGCCUUUCGCAACAGGGAGGAAAGUGAAACACGAAGUGAGAGCUCGGACUUUGAGGUUAUACCAAAACGUAGACGGCGCCGUGGUUCAGACACAGACUCUGAAAGUGAAGGCGGGAGGGAGUCUGCCAGUGAUACUGGACCAUCUGACCGUGAGCCUAGCACCAAACCUAGCCGUCCACUGAGAAGAGAGCUCCCUGGGGAGGGCCGCUCAGUAUCUCACAAGCCAGGCUUUGGACCACCUCACAUGGGGGAAAAGGUUGGAUCAAGAGCAGAUGAUGAAAGCCGCCCCAAACCAGGAUUCCUUCCUAAAGGAGAGCCUUCUCGGCGAGGAAGAGGGGGAUUAUACAGCAGACGAGGUGGAGCGAGGGAGCGUGGAGGCCCACGCUCAGCCCCUCUUAGACGACCAGCAGCCAGAGAACCUUCUUCCCAGUGGCCCUCUAAACCCAUGGAGACAUUCAGGCCUGAAGAUGCAGAGUCCACAUCAAGAUUUGACAAUCCUCCUACUGACCGACGACCCCCAAAAUCUGAGGGGAAGAAAUUUGGGGAGGGGGGUCCUCAAAGUAGCAGAGAGAGGCCUCGUCGAUCUAGACCAGCACGGCCCCCAAGGCAAGAUAAACCGCCCCGCUUUAGGCGUUUAAAGGAGCGUGAGGCUGCAGUUUUGGCUAGUGGAGAGUCAGCCCCCAGUCCCCCUGUUUCUUUACCCUCAGUGCCUCCUGCUGCUGCUGUGCCCAGCACUGCAACUGCCCCAAUCCCCCUCUCCCCAACUCUCUCUAGAGCUCCAGGAACCCCAUUAACUGUGCCUGCAGAAACGGCAGCCUCUAUGCCCACACCUGACCUCCCGUCUCCUUUAGAAGCGCCUUUGCCUGAUACAAGUAGUCCCACUAUUACUGCUGCUGGUACCAAGUCGCCUGAUUUGUCAAAUCAGAACUCGUCAGAUCAGGCGAAUGAGGAAUGGGAAACUGCUUCUGAGAGCAGUGACUUUAAUGAAAGGAGAGAGCGAGAAGAGAAGAAAGGAGCAGUGGAGCCUGCUAAUGGAGCAGCUACAGCAUCUGCACCAGCCCCUGCACCACCCCAGGGCUCUUUGACUCCCAGUAAAAGCUCACCUGAUGGAGGGCUGACACCAAAACGUGAUGGAGCUCCUGGAGCCAAGAGGAGCUUCUCGAGUCAGAGGCCUACAGAGAGACAGAAUCGUAGAGGCAACAGUGGAGCCAAACCAGGGCGCAGCUACACAGGGGGCAAGGGAGAGAGGAGAGGAGGGGCCAAAGCUGGCCGCAAAGGCCCUGCAGCCCAAAACUCAGAGACAGCAGCGCUAGCACCUGGAGGAGCAGCCCAGCGACCUGCAAAAGAGCAGCCUGCGCGUCGCAAAGAUGAAGCUAAGCAGGCCACCAAGAAGCCCAAGGAGAAUGCUCUUUCUCAGUUUGAUCUCAAUAAUUAUGCCAGUGUUGUGAUUAUUGAUGACCACCCAGAGGUUACCACCACAGAGGACCCACAGUCCAGUGCCAACGAUGAUGGUUUCACAGAGGUUGUCUCCCGAAAACAACAGAAGCGUCUGCAGGAUGAAGAGAAACGGAAAAAAGAAGAGCAAACUACUCAGAACUGGGGUAAAAAAGGCCCCGGUGAGAAGAGCAGAGGAAGUGGAGGAAAGCUGCCACCAAGAUUUGCUAAAAAGCAGUCAUCGCAGCAGCAGCAACAACAACAGGCCCCUCAAUCUCAGCCUCCUGUAGCUGCUGCCCCCCAGGCCCAACAGCAGCCUUCAGUUCCUGCUGCCCAACAUCCUCAUCAUGCCUCCUCCCAGCCUGCUGCUUCACCUCAGACUCUGGAAGGAACAGUGGCUCCUCUGCCUUCUGUUCCCCCUGCUGCUGCAGACUUCACGUCAAAGAGCCUACCCCCUGCACCUGCACAGACACACAGUACUCUGGGUACUGAAUUGUGGGAGAACAAGGUAGCGGGUGGUACCGUCCUUCCGGAUGUCAAGAAGCUUGGUCCAAUAAGCCCUCCCCAGCCACCUUCUGUGAGUGCCUGGAACAAACCGCUUACCUCCUUUACUGGUACUGUCUCCUCUGAGGGUAUAAAGCCUGGAGCUGAGGGCAGCGUGGAGCUGGGGAUAGACAGUAUUCAGUUUGGAGCGCCAUCAUCUGCAGGCAGCACUGACAGUGAUGGAGUUCCUGCAUUGCUUGAAAGUGGCUCUGAAAACAAACUACCUGCUCCCAAAGAACAGAGACAGAAACAACCUCGAGCUGGCCCAAUCAAAACACAGAAGCUACCAGAGAUGGAACCAGUGGAAACCAAGGAGUACAAGCCAGGUCCCAUUGGUAAAGAGCGCUCUCUAAAAAAUCGUAAGGCCAAAGAUGCACGUGGAGGAGAAGCUGAUGGGAUGGAGGGAGGAGUACCUGGAGGAGGUGCUAGCAGAGCAGCAGACUCCAGUCCUCCCACUAGCGACACCACAGUACCAGAGCUGGGUGGAGGCAUUGAGGGCAUGAUCACAGUCCCCUCAGCAGAGUACAACAGCAACUCUAAGGAGUCUGUCACUGACUAUACCACCCCCUCCUCGUCGUUGGCCGACAGCGUUCCCACAGCAGGCAACAAAAUGGAAGAGAGUUUAGUGGCCAAUGUGGCACUACCGCACUCAUUGCCUCUCCCUCGCCGCGAGACCCUCCAGCAGAGCUCCAGUCUCAGUACAGUCUCUCCAGCUACUGUUGACCUAACACUAAAGAUGGAAUCUGCACGCAAAGCAUGGGAAAAUUCUCCAAGUCUGGAGAAGAGUUCUCCUGUCACCACCUCCUCAUCCCCCAUCACCUCCUGCACUUCCUCAUACUCCUCCUUCUCCUCAGCCUCCAUGCCACAGAUCCCGGUGGCUUCUGUUACCCCCAGUACCUCGCUAUCAGGCUCUGCCACUUAUACGACAUCGUCCCUCAGUACCAAAACCACCACAGCCUCUGACCCCCCUAACAUCUGUAAGGUGAAGCCCCAGCAGCUGCAAGGUGGAAGCCUGUCCUCUUCUAGCAAUAGCAGCAGUAGCAGCAGCUUCUCUCAGCUUGGCUGUGUGCCUCCCCUCCUGCCCCAGCAACAGCAGACCCCACAGGUGUACGUCUCUCAGUCUGCAGCAGCUCAGAUUCCAGCCUUCUACAUGGACACUAGCCACCUCUUCAGCACACCCCAUCCUCGUUUGGCUCCUCCUUCCCUGGCGCAGCAGCAAGGUUUCCAGCCCGGCCUCUCACAGCCAACUGCUGUGCAGCAGAUUCCCAUCCCUAUAUAUGCUCCUCUGCAAGGUCAGCCUCAGCAUCAACACACGCAUCAGGCUCAGCUAGGACUCGGCGCCGGCCCUCCAGUCUCACAGCCACAGGACCUCUUUAGCUCUUCACUGCAGCCUUACAGGUCCCAGCAGGCAUUCAUGCAGAGCAACUUAUCACAGCCCUCUAUGAUGCUCUCAGGACCAUCCCUCCACAGUUAUCCUGGUGUGCAGGCACCUGAGCUGGGCAAGCCUCAGUCCAACUUGGCUUAUCAACAACCCUCGUCCACCCAGCACAUUCCCAUUCUGUUUGAGCCGCAGCUGAACCAGCCCUCUGGCAUGGGCGGGUCUCAGCUCAUUGAUACACACCUGCUGCAGACUCGACAGGGAAUGAAUCAGCACUCGAACAUGUACUCAGGGCAGGUGCAACAGCAUGGUCAGAGUAGCUACUACAGCAACACACAGUCACCCAGUUCUGCAAUGCAGCAGGUGACGGUCCCUCAGCUGUCCCUGCCUAACUUUGGCUCGGGUGGAGGCCAGCCCCUCUUGGCACUACCUCCCACUCCUCCCCAAACCCAGCCCCCCAAUAUCAACCGACAGCCCCCAGUCUCUCAGCCGUACCGAGGCAUCAUGGGCCCCAACCACAGCAUGAUGCAGCCUCCCACCAGCAAGAUGGACAUGGAUAUGAAACUAUUUGGCAGUGGGAUGGACGUGAAGCCAGGGACUCCUCCUGUCAGCGGCAGGAGCACUACACCCACCUCUAGUCCUUACAGGGCCAGCUCCACCUCUCCUAGCAGCCAGUCAAGCAAGAUUAACAGUAUGCUCUACCAGAAGCAGUUUCAGCCCAGCUCUGCCGGCAUGAGAAUGACGCAGCACUUUCCUGGCCAGUUCAACCCACAGCUUCUGUCUCAGCCCAGCAUAGUCUCUCCUCUGGUUCGCCCUCCUCAUGCUAACUCCUUCGUUGGAGGUGUCCAGCGCUCUCCCAUGGGCCCUCCAAUGUCACCCAAUGUAAGCGGUGGGCUCAUGCCUCACCCCAGACCGCAGCACCCACAGCACAGCCAGCACCCCCCACGGGGACCACCUGGCUCAACCCUUGCACCCAGAGGCACGCAAGCAGCUCUAAAGGCUGAACAGGACCUAAAGGCAAAGCAGCGGGCUGAGGUGCUCCAGUCCACUCACAAGUUCUUCUCAGAACAGCAGCAACAGCAGCAGCAGCUCAAGGCCCCGCAAGCCAACAAAGCAUCUCGAAUCGAUCAAGGAGGAAAACCCCCGCUUGACACAUCAGCUCCAAACCACCAGACAGGAGGCGAGCGCCCAGAUUCUGAAAAACCCUCCGCAUCGACGGCCAAGCCCAUACGGACUGGCCCCAUAAAGCCGCAGGCCAUCAAACCAGAGGAGGGAAAGUAAAGCACUUCUGACCCUCUUCAGAUAAUGAAACGAAAGGAUGGAAGAGUGAAUCUAGCCCCAUUCACUCAGCCACCACCUCACAUCAGCCCCGAGGACAGCGUGGGGGAGGAGUUGGGUAGAGAUACAGAUGGUAGUGGUUACUGACAGUAGGCCCUUUGGAGUGUAAACAAAAUCCUCUUCCUCAUCUUCCUUCCCCCGUCUUGUCCCACUGUAGGUGGGGGCAUUUGAGUUGGGUUGUUCCAUCACAUUUAGCUGCCGGUAAAGUUGCUGAGCAAGCUGUUCCCUAGAAAUCUACUGUGACGGUAGAUGACGAGAGAGUUGGGGGGGAGAGAGAGAAAUCUGAAAUUUGCUGCUGAGUUUGCCAUUUUUUUAUAGCUCCUCAUUUCUGUUCAGUUUACCCUCCCACCCACCAAAUAGGAUCACACAUUAUAUCAGAUCCCUGUUUUGUUAACAAGAGAAUGAAUCAAAUUUGAUUUUGUAGUUGAAGCAAUCUUAAGGAGAUGUCAUUUAGUGAAGCACACGUUUUGUUCCCCAAUCUCCCAUUAUAACUAAUCCAGAGAUCCGUGCAGGCGUGCACACCCUCUCGCUCAACGGUUUGAUCCGAUUACUGCUCGAAGAUAUGAAUUCUGAAAUCCUGUUGUCAUUUGUUUUGUUUUCUUUCUUUUUUUUACCAGAAUUGAAAUGUGAAAAUCGCAGCUUUUGAUUGACUUUAAUAAUCGAUUGAGUUCUUGAUUCGUCUGCCUGUGAGCCUUUGCUCCUGCCUUCUGCUCUCAUCUCCUUGCCUGAGAUUUUACUGAUGUGUUGGGGUGGGUGUGUGUCGGGUCUGUGCAUGUGGUAAAAACAGAGGGAGAGCUUGUAGCUGGACUCUCCUGUUUAUUUAGCCAAAGGUUAAAGCAGAGCAGAGAUGAAGUCGCAGCCUUUUUAAGAUUGGUGAGAUUUGAGUGGAUUUACAGGUUUACAUGGAUGAUGUAUGAUCACUACUUGCAGUUGUUCCAGUGUAGGAGCUGCUGUCACACACACACACCCAUUCACUGCUUUCACACCCAUCCUUGCUAUCACACAAACACACACAUACACACCUCACUGUCAAACACCGAGACCUGCUGCUAUUGACUGAUUUUUAGAGUUUAGCUAGAGUUUAGCAGGAUAGGGCUGGGUAGAGGAAUCGGUGAGCCGAUCGUUUAAAACAAAUCUUUUUGUGUGUGUGUGUGUGUGUGUGUGUGUGUGUAUUGACCUUUAUGGCGAGAGGGAACAGGAACAGGACGGAGAACAAGUUUAAAAUAAAAAUAAAAAAAGACGGAGGGAGAGAAGCCUCAAAUUCUGAAGUGUUUGGGCAGAAGGACAAUUAUUAUUUUGUUGUCUUUGCUGAUGAGAGCAAUCAGUGCUGUUUUCUCUCUGCCUCACCUCCACUGGCUGCCCCACCCACAAUGCUCUCAUCUUGGGGUUGCGGUGACAAUGGUCCUUCAGAAAUGUACAGUAGUAUGCGCCCUGAGGUGGUGAGGGGACCCCUCACGUCUACCCUGGUUGAGGGAAAAGUCCUUACUCUGGAGGGGGGAUUAGGGAGGGAGGGUAAUGAAUUGUUUGUUUUGUUUUGUUUUUGAUUUUAUUUUAUUUUUGUUGUACUUGUACAGGGGUUUCAUCGCUGUAUUAAAAUAUGUACGGUCUUAUUUACAUUCUCUUGGUUUGGUUACAGAAACUAAUAAAUAAUAUACUGUUGA